GGACCUUUAUUUUGAAAAAAGAGAUCUUCCUAACGGAAGUUGAUGUCACUAGCUUGGCACUGCUUGUUGCUCGCUCACCGGACAGUUCGUAACUGCAGUUGCACACCAUGGAAAAUGGCCUGUUUCACAUUCCUGACUUCAACAGCAUAGAGGAUGAAGGCUUCCCUCCCCUCCCACCACCUCACUCCCCGGGUCAGGGAGGACAGGAGGACCGAGACCCUUUUGCAAAUGGGGAGGAAGAUGGCGACAUGUCCGGGCUGGCGGAUGUACCCGCUGCUAAAAGGAAAGGAGUGAAGAGGCCGCAACCCAAGCUGGACUCACAGAGGCUGAUCUCAGAAAGAGGACUUCCAGCUCUGCGAACUCUGUUUGGUGAUGUCCAUUUCAAAGGCAAAGGGAAGGAGGCUGAGGACCUGCGGCUGCUGAUGCAGAAGAUGGAGAACUGGGCGCACAGGUUGUACCCCAAAAUGCAGUUUGAAGAUUUUAUUAACAAAGUGGAGAAACUCGGCAACAAGAAGGAAGUGCAGACCUGCCUCAAACGGAUACGACUGGACAUGCCACUGACACACGAAGACUUUGUGGGUGGUGAAGAGGAGGCAGCUCCUGAAUCGCACGUCUUCGAGGAGCCAGAUCCCUUUGACAAAGCACGCUUUAACGACCUGCAAAGGCCGGUCAGCUCUACUCCAGCUGCUCCACCUACUAUGGCUUCCCCACCUGCCCCAGCUUCCCCACCUUUUUCCUCCCCAGCUGCCCCCUCCCUGACCGAGGAGCAGCGUAAACGCAUGGAGCUGAACAGACAGCGGGCCUUGGAGAAGAGGCUCUCCCGCCAGCAGCAGCAAACAGAUCCUGCAGACUCUCAGACUGUUGACUCGUCCACGUCCGCAGAUGAACCCACAUCUGUCUCCUCUGCAAACGUCCUCAACAAUUCCGAAGAUCAGGAUGAAGAUAAGGUGGAGGAUGAAGAUAAGGUGGAGGAUGAAGAUAAGGUGGAGGAUGAAGAUAAGAUGGAAGAUUCAGAGCUGAAGCCAGCCUGCAGCAGCUCACAACAACCCAGCCAGCUUCCACACACAGACUCUGAGCCUUCUGCUGAAUCGCCUCAGUGUGAGAAAGAGGAAGAAGGCAGCCUCAGCCAGGACCAUCAGCCCCGUGAAGAGUGUGAGGACGGAGAGUAAUGCUCAGGGGGCAGCACACACUCUGAGUUUAGGAGCGACCGACCGGACGGCCAAAGUUUUCUUUUUGGAAACGAAUCAAACUUGUGCAUAACUUGUCUUCUUGUAGUCUGCAA